AUGGCAACCGACACAGCGCCACCGCCGCCCUCCAGUACUCCAUCCUCCUCUCUCUCCCCAUCAGAACCGCCGACAUCAUCAUCACCAUCCUCCACCUCAUCCUCCCCAUACCCCUAUGCUUUCGCUCCCGACAUAAUCCGCGCCCACCAAAAAGACGCCUACUUCCAAGGCCUUCUCACGAACCAAAUCGCCGACCUGCACCGACACCUCCUCGGCGCCCGUUCCGCCCACGCCUGGGCCCCCGAGUCCCGCACCCUCGCCGACCUCCUGUACCUCACCCUCACAACCCUCCUCGGCAACCGCACGCUCGGCGAGGAGUACUGCGGCCUAGUCCAAGUCGAAUCCGAGACCGGCGCUCUGCCCGCGCUGAACCGCCGCGCCCUCUACAUCGCCGGGAGCAUCCUCGCGCCGUACGGGUUAUCCCGUCUGCUCCCCAAGCUCCGCGCCCGGAUACGCGCGCGUCUGCAGCAGAACCUAGGGCUCUCGUCAACAACGACGACGAGCGCCGAUGAAAUCAACGCCAAGCUGAAAACCAAACGGCAGCAGACUUGGUCCUACAAGCUGCAAGCCUACCUCCUCACGCACCUCCCCUCGCUAACCUCCGAGUCCCACGUCCACGCCGUCAGCCUCGCGCUAUUCUACUUCGGCGGGUCGUACUACGAGCUAGCGAAGCGGGUCGCAGGUCUGCGGUACGUGUUCACGCGCAAGGUGGGCGAGUCGUCCGACCGCGCCGGGUACGAGCUUCUAGGCGUGCUGCUAGCCGUGCAGAUGGCCGUGCAAGGAUAUCUGCAUGUGCGGACCGCGUUUGCUUCCGCAUCCCCCUCUUCCCCAGCUAGUUCCGAGCGCGCCAGACCCGAUGGCAUACUCGCCGUAUCGCUCGACGGCAAUACCUACGCUUCUAAUAACGAGCUCCUCCUCGCAACGGCUGCCGGCUCUUCCCAGGGCGCCACUCGCAUCGAUGUCUUGGCUGCGACGCACACGCCAGCACCGCCGGGAGGCACCGGCAAUCCCCGAUACGACUUGUCUGACGAGAAGGGUAUGCGUUGGAUCAAGGGUACACAGCAGCGCAAAUGCACGUUGUGUCUCGAAGAGCUUAAAGAUCCGUCCGCCACACCAUGCGGUCACGUCUUCUGCUGGGCUUGCAUUGGCGACUGGGUCCGCGAGAAACCCGAAUGUCCGCUAUGCCGUCGCGAGGCUUUAGUCCAGCAUAUUUUACCACUGCGGGCUGUUUGA